CACGGCAAUCAUUCGGCCUUCUGCUUGAAGUCUUACCACUUCGUUUCUCAUGGACGCUGCUAGAAUACCUCCAAAUCUCUCAUACCUCACUAUUUACAACACUACACUACGACCAAUUACUCCCAAUCCCGACGACGAAGAUGCGGAAGAGCAGGCUCAAAUCCUGUUCUAUACGUCCCGAGAACGGGCAGUUUCGCGCGACCGUAUGCUUCGACAAGUAGGGCUCGCUAAGGCUUUGGUGAACUUUUCCGGGAUGUUCGAUACCGAAAACGGGUGCGAGAGUGUCCACUCUCAAACUCGCAGAAUGAUAAUGGUCUGCCCGGAACCUGAUUUCUGCAUACAUGCGGGUGUAGAACUGGCAAAGACUCCAAAAGUAACAAUGCCUAAGACCAAUUCCAAAGGGAAGGAAAAGGGUGUCACGAGUAUUCUAAAAGGGAAGAAUAAGGAGCCCUCAAUCACAGUUUAUGACUAUAGUGAUGCUUCGGUGAACGACCAAGCAUUGCGAGACGAUCUCAUGAGAGGCUAUGAACGAUUCAAAUUGACGCACGGUUCAUUCACCACCAUUCUAUCUACACUCGGACAACAGGCUCUAGAACUGCAAUUAGAGAGAUUUUUUACUGUAUGGGCAUGGUCUUGGAACAUAGAGGAUGGACUCGAAUUUGGCCAGCACUUGGGAACUCCAUUACAUCCAAUGUACCGUCGCAUGCUGCCAUUACUAGAUACCCUUUCAAACGAUAUACCCGAUACUAUCAUUUCAAUAGUUGUGACUUCGACUCACGCAAUUCCUUCCACUCGCUUUUCGGAAGCUCAUUUACCAGCAAUACUUUCCAAACAUCUACUUUCCCUCGUUCCUUCCGCUUCAGAGAAUUUAACUCCCUCACCUUCUACCUCUACUACACACGAUGCCACAAUGCGACCUAAACGACCUCCUGAUUCUCAUUUGCACCCCGUUGAAGGUGAAGAACACAGUCCAACGGACGAUGCUCACCGCUCGACUUUCAUGGGAAUGGGUAUGCCGAAUAUGGAUGUUGGAAAAUGGGGCUGGCUAAACUUUGGAAAGAACGGAAAGAAGCCAACCAAGGGAGGACAAGAUGAAGCCGAGCCUGACACGAUAGACAACCCGGAUACUGCGCGCGAAGAAAUACUUCGAUCUCCAGAUGGAGCUGUAGACCAGAGUGCUUUGGACGAUGCUAUUUCUUCAAAGGGUGUUAUGACAAAUGAUUUGGAUGCUACAGAGUUGAAAUACGUAGUCGAUAAAGAAUACUUCACGACAGCUGAACUGGACGACAUCGAAUCAGACAUAAUACCCAAUUCCUCUACACCAUCAGAUUCGCCCUCGCCUUCUUCAAUCCUACCGCAAGAAUUCAUGUCCACGAUCGUCCAUCUCGCUGAAGAUCCCCAUUCUUCGAAUACCAGAGAGAGGAAGAUCUACUAUCUUACGAAACAUCCCCUCUUGCUCGCUCUCAUCAACCUAGACGAGGACCCGAAUUUGGUUAUACCCGAGCUCGAACCUCUUUCUAAGACGGCCGACGAUCUUCUGGAAGCCCUGAGGACUAUUCUCGACGAGGAACCUUCGAAGAGCUCAAUUGAGACGAUCCCGUCGCUGACGAAGAUUCUUCAACCUAAAGAUCGACAUAUAUUCGCAUCGGGGCGAGCACCGUUUUCUGUUCAGGAUGAUUCCGAAAAGUUCACUUCGAACUCGAUACAUUUAUUCAGUGCUCAGGCGUUGCUUCAAGGCCAACAUGAUGUACAAGAGGUAUUCUCCAGGGGUCAGAAUCCACAACAUUGGCACAUAGCUCGCAGUGUGGCCCAAACAAGAGAUCGACGAGGGAUGAUAGGGGAAAUGUACAUGCAGGUUUUUAGAAAAGAGACGAGUCUCACUGACGUCGAUAAUGUUAUGGCUAGUGUAAUACGACGUGUAGAGGAAGACGUCCUAUAAUGCCGCCACAUGCCGCUGUCCGACUGUAUAGCGCUGCUUACGUAGUCCAUUGAUGACAUCUAA